GGAUAUUUCGCAGCUUGGACGUGCUCCUGAAGGAUCAAGCAACAUGAGUGAACUGACUGCGGGCAACGCCGAAGAGGAGCAUUACUAUGGCAUGAGCAACCAGUACCAGCUCUCGUUCUUCUUCUCGCUCUUCCUCGCGCUGCUCAUGACGUCGAUCGUCGUGAGCAACUACUUCGUCCACCAUCUUCACUGGCACUUUCUUCCGGAAGCAGGGGCGACGAUCCUCGUCGGGGCUUUGGGCGGCGUGUUGUGCUACAUGUACAACAACAGCAUCACCCACUCGCUCAUGAUCUUUGACCCGAACACGUUCUUCAUUGCGUUGCUUCCUCCGAUCAUCUUCAACUCUGGGUACACCAUGAAGCGUCGGUACUUCUUUGACAACAUCGUGCCCAUCGUCAUGUAUGCGGUCGUGGGCACAACCAUCUCGAGCGUGAGCGUCGGGUUGAUCAUGUACGUCGUGGGGCAGCUCGCAUUCAGCAUCAAGUUGUCGCUCGCAGAAGCCUUGUCGUUUGGCGCGCUCAUCAGCGCCACGGACACGGUGUCGGUGCUGGCCAUCUUUCAAGAACUGCGCGUGGACCCGACGUUGUUUUACUUGGUGUUUGGCGAAAGCUCACUCAACGAUGCCGUGGCCAUCGUGUUGUUCGGGACGUUCUCCAAAUUCAUUGGGAACGUUUACUCGUCGUCGUACUUGCCUAUCGCGAUUUUGGACUUUGUCCUGAUCUUUGUCGGGUCGACGCUCAUCGGCAUCCUCUUUGGCGUCCUCUCCGCCCUCCUUUUCAAGCACUUUGACUUCAAGGGGUGUCUCUACCAUGAGAUGGGCGUGUACAUGAUGUUUGCGUACCUGCCGUUCCUCGUCGCCAUGAUCUUCGACUUGUCGGGGGUCGUGGCCAUUCUCUUUACAGGCAUUACCAUGAAGCAUUACACGAGCAACAACUUGAGCGACCAAGGCAAAGAAAUGUGUGGACGCAUGUUCAAUGCGAUCUCGUACGUGUCCGAGACCACAAUCUUUCUCAACUUGGGCCUGGCCAUCUUUGCGCUGCAAGUGGGCUAUCACUUUAAGUUCAUCUUUUGGGCCCUCUUGGCGUGUCUUGCCGGCCGCGCCGCGUUUGUGUUUCCGCUCUCGUACUUGGUCAACUUGCGCCGCGACCCGGACCGCCAAGUGAAGAAAAGCCAGCAAGUGAUGAUUUGGUUCAGCGGAUUCCGGGGCGCCCUCUGCUUUGCGCUUGCGCUGGAGUGGCCCAACGACAAACGAAGCCAAGUGAUUGCGACGACGAUGGUCGUGGUGCUGGCGACGCUAUUCAUCGGCGGCGGGCUCACGGUGCCCAUGCUCAAGUACUUGAAGAUCAAGCAAUUGACCCCCGCCGAGGAAAUCGAGCUCGACCAAAACGUGGUCCCGAUCAAGCGUAUGAAAGUGCUCCAGUUUGACGCCAAGUACUGGGUGCCGUUCUUCACGCACUUGCAUCCGGACACGGGCUCGUUCCAUGGGACCGAUCCCCUCGACGACGACGGCGACACGUCCAAGGAUGCGCUGCGUCCUGAAUAUGACGACGGCGACGAUGGCGAAGACUUUGCCACAAUCAACGUAUCCUCUUCGUCGUUGCAGCAGCAGCAGUAACCAGUUGCCAUCGAAACAUAUAACCACGAUUUGCAUGUUAAUAUCAUACUGAAGUAUUUCAAGUGCACUACCGAUAAGUUGCUGCCCAACAUAAUACAUACAUGCUUGCGA